CAAUCCUGAGAUGUGACUUCUACGUGGCACCCUGAGUUUCUUGCUUUUCCGCUGGGCCAGACCAGUAUGUAUUGUUCCUGUGCGAUUAUCGAGUAUACGAUCCUUUAGGUAAGCGACGGAAUUUUUCUCGUAAGCUUUGUUGGGACCUGAAAUGUUUCAGCCUCCGCUUACUUUGCAUGGUACGAACGGGUCUUGCGGUUCCCUUGGUUGGUCUACUUUUUCCUUUUGCGUGUUCCUUGCGUGAAGGCAAGCGCGGAACGGUUAUUUAAAAGCCCUGGUCUAACUCUCCGGACGUUUUCUCCGUGGUUUCUUGUCCUUUUCCCAGGGUCUCUUGUUCGCCUCUGUUCCCUCUCACCUACCGGAGAGGAGGGCGGAGAUGGCCCAAUGUCGUAUUUUCCGCUCUUUCCUUCCUUCUGCUGCUGGCAAAAAUGACUUCCGUCUCGUCUUCACCAUCUCCAUCUCUGCAUCCGUCACGCCUUUUCCGUCGGUGCAUGCCCCGAUGCGUGUCUUCGCCGCCACCUUUCCUUCCGUUUCUUGUACCUUUUUACGCGCCGCGCUUUUCUGUAUCUGUUUCGCAUGUCGUUGUCAGAGGUGGCGUGAGACCGUUUCAGUCCCUUGUGAGAACGGCUCCUCCAUCUCAGACAGGGUGGUCGUCCUUUCCCUCUUUGCCCGCGGCCAGAGCAAACAACAAAGUUCACAUAUAUGAAGUGGACAAAUGUGCGGCCUCAAGAGACAAACCCAAAGCGAAUGGGGAACGGCCCUCUCCCGCGUCACACUUGACGCAGAAACCAACAAGCUCUCAAGCUCAAAGGUCAAAUCCUCUAUCAUGUCUCGCAAGUGUCUUUUUGUCUAGCCGCUACCCUCUCCCAGUAUCUCUGUCUGUUGCUUUCUGCCGUCUACCCUGUCUUCAAAGGCGCACCCUACCGUCGUUUCCUACAGACAGAGGACCGAACGCCUCAGCACCUUCUUCUUUUACCACGGGAUGCCCUGCCCGUGAUUUUCCUUUGUCUUCGCGUGCAUCGUCCUUUCUUUUCCUCACAGAGUCUUAUGUCUGUUUGGAUUCCUUUUUAGGGCCGCCCAGCUUUCUCAAAUGGGGUAGACAUCCGAGCGAUACAGGUGGAACACCCAGAGCAAGCCAAGAGGGCAAGGUAUUGGACAUGGAACCUAACGACAGAAGACGACAAAGUGCCCAUAAGUACCGUCAAGAUGGCGUCUCCUUCUACGUGUGGCCCCUUGCUGUCGUUGCGCUUUUUCUUGUGUCUCCCGUCUGCUUUUCUCACCGCCCUUCUGGAGCUUCGUCGUCCUCUCCUCUCACUCGCUCCGCUUCCCGGUGUUUCCAAGAGAAAACGUUCUUGUGGCCGCACCUUUGCCGAGCAGAAGGCGCGCUUUGCAAGAGUUUCCCGCCUGGUCCUGCCCCUGCUGUCCUCGCUUCUUCCGAACCGACGGCUUCGCAGUCUCCCGCGUCUCCUUCCUCUGAAUCUUCCUCAUCUGCUCUACCAGCGUCUCCCUCAUCAUCUCCUUCUCUGUCGACUGCCUCGGCUCCUUCUUCAUUUCCUUUAGCAGGCGAGCUGCGAGAGGACCUGCCAUUUUACACAGUGUCGGACGUGAAAGAGCACGGGGCAGUGGGAGAGGGGAAGCGGCUGUGGGUCGCGUAUCGACAUGGAGUCUACGAUGUGACCGAUUUCCUGGAGAAACAUCCCGGAGGAAGAGACCGUCUCCUCCUAGCUGUAGGCAGGGACCUAGAUCCGUUUUGGAGAGUUUAUGGCCAGCACAACUUGGCGUCUGUUCACGAACUUCUAGAAUCGAUGAGAAUUGGCAAUAUCGCAAAACUGGAAGAAGCAUCUGACUCUCCCCUCGGAGACGCUUAUGGAAACGAGCCCGUGCGGCACCCUGCUUUAGUUGUACGAAGUGAGAAGCCCUUCAAUGCUGAGACGCCUCUUGCCCUUUUAACGGACGAUUUCUUCACACCGAAUGACCUGUUUUUUGUCAGAAACCACCUGCCGGUCCCACAGGUUGAUAAGGAGAAAUAUGAGGUCGAGAUUGAGAUCGAGCUCCCAAAUGGAGAAAAGAAACGUUUCGCUUCCUUCACCCUUUCGGAUUUGCAAACUAAAUUUUACCCUCACCACCUCCCCUGUACACUCCAGUGUGCCGGGAACCGACGAGAGGAUUUCAACAGAAAAAGCGGGAAACGGGUCAAAGGUCUUGAAUGGUGCGGGGGUGCGAUCGGCAAUGCCCUGUGGACAGGGUGUCUCCUCGCGGAUGUGCUGAGGCACUGUGGCUUUGGCGAGGAGGAAGCGAGAAGGCUGGGCAUUCGACAUAUCCACUUCGAAGGCCACGACUGUGAUCCUCUAACACACACUUACUAUGCGGCUUCAAUUCCGAUUCACCGAGCUCUUUUAGGGCAAACAGUCGGUGGAGGGGAACCGGCAGACCCUUUUUGCUCGACUACGAGUUUCGGCAGUCGAGAUGUUCUUCUCGUCUACGAAAUGAAUGGCCAAGACCUCCCGAUUGACCACGGAGCUCCAGUCCGUGUGCUGGUUCCUGGGACUGUGGGCGCGCGAUCGGUAAAGUGGCUAAAAAAGAUAACACUCAGUCCACGAGAGUGCGGCUCACACUGGCAACAACAGGAUUACAAAAUCAUGUCACCUUCGGACGAGCCUUCAAAUACGGAUGAAUGGAGAUCCAAGCCUUCUAUUGUGGACCUUCCCGUCCAGUCGGCUAUUUGUCUCCCAACUUCAGAAUCAAUUCUGCCUCCUGGCACAGAAGAAGUCGAUCUAAAGGGCUAUGCAUGGUGUGGAGGAGGACGGAGUGUCGUGCGUGUAGAUGUGUCUCUGGAUGGCGGAGAGACCUGGACGGAAGCAGAACUUCAGCGUCGUCCCAGCGGGAAGGAAAACGAAGAAGAGGCAGGGACGAAGAUGGAGAACCAGGCAGACGGAACACACGAAGAAAAGGCGUGGUCAUGGUAAGAGAAGAUCGAAGAGAGUUCGACCUCCUCGGAAACAAGGCCACCCUGUUUUUCCGGCGUAUGAAUUCGAUCGUGAUAGACUAAACGUCUGAAACUGAAACAGACACGGUGCUGCUCACGACAGGGCGACACAGGA